AUGGGCUUAGUUUUAAGGAUAGUAUCGGUUGUGCUUUUUCUUUGGAAUGUCUACGGAGAAAAGGCAGCGCCAGAGGUCUUCGUUAUAGAUGGACAUAAUAUAUCUUGCAUAAAAGAAAGUAAUUUUAGUGGGUAUGCUUCUCUACAGGUAAUAUUGGCAAAAGACCAAAGCAACUUGGUAUUUGGGUCAUAUGUUCUUAUGGUUUAUAUCAUAGAAUCACCAAAAAUUGAAGUUGCCAUGAAAGAAGCUGUUAAUCAAGGAAUCACCAGUAUAUGUUUUACUCCAGCAGGCGGCGCUGCCGGUUCUGAUGGUAUACAGAUAAAAUUAGAUGCGCCGGAAGAGAAGAAAUCAAGUCUGCUAAUUCGAGAAGUACAGGCAGAUGGUGUAAUGGGGGCAGAUCAGAAAAUAAGAGCAUUUGCGAUUUCUGUAAAAUAA